AUAAGUGGAUUGGUCGGUCAAAGCGAAGAUAAGACGAGGCAAAGUCUCAUUCGGAAAGUCAACUCUAUUUGAAAUAGGCCUAGAUUUUUACAUUAAAAUGGAUAAGUGGACUGUUCUUGUGAUAUUAUUCCUGAGUAUGUCCUAUAGCUCAUCAGAGGAGGCUGAUGAUGAAAAACAAAUGGCGACUUUUAAGAUCGAAGGAAAGGUUUCUGUACCGGGAGUCAAGCCCGCAGAUUGGGUGCCACUGGCGAAGGUGCUGGUGGACGGCGGCCAGUUCGUCGGCUUUGUCAGAUCGGAUGGAACAUUUGAGGUGCAUGACAUACCUACUGGAUCCUAUGUCGUAGAGAUUGCUCACCCCAAGUAUAUGUUUGAAGCCACAAGAAUAGAUAUCUCAGCCAGGGGUAAGAUCAGAGCUAGGAGAGUGAACAAUGUUGACAGCAAGUCUGUGAUUCAGGUUACCUAUCCACUGAGGCUCAGGAGCAAGGGUCUUGCUGGGUACUUCCAGAAGAGAGAAGAGUUCAGGAUAGUUGAUGUACUCAAAAACCCUAUGGUGCUUAUGAUGGUCUUGCCUGUUGUAUUCAUUGUCAUACUUCCCAAACUAGUCAACACACAAGAUCCAGAGCUACAAAAGGAAAUGCAGAACAUGAAUUUGAUGAAUCAGAAGCAAGAUUUACCAGAUUUAUCUGAAAUGGCAACAAGUUUCUUCGGUGGCGGAUCAUCGGCACAGAAAAAAUCCAAAGACAAAGCUAUUAAAGCUAAAAGGAAAUAACAUUUUAUUACCUGUUACAUCAUAGAGUAGGUUAUUAUGUUGUAUUUCAUGGUAUUUUUAGAUUCAGAUGGCUUGGUUGAAACACAAGUAAAUUGAUAUUUUAAUCUCAAUUGACACCUGUCUGGAAUAAUCUGUACCUGUGGAGACCAUAUAAUACACAUGGGCCCCAUUUAACCCUUAACAUGCCAUGAACACAUCUCUGUGCAUCCACUGGAGUGCCAUGAACACAUUUUCGUGCAAUGGUCAUACAGCUACAGCUAUUGUAAUGCCUAUUGCAUUUCCAGGAGUGCAUUGCAUGCAUGAGUGAUUCCAUUGUUGAGGUUAGCUUAUGGUCAAGAGGUUUAACAUUAUUGUCUCAGGAGUGAUUCCCUUUUUUAUAAAUAAAACAAUUAAAUACAUGUAUAGCCUCUUUGAAAAAAAGUGGCACUCGCUGAUUACGGUGAAUGGCACGUUAAGAGUUAACAAUGGUUUUCAACAGAUUGAAAUCAACAUUUUUGUGAUUGAACUAAAUUUGUGUAGAGAUAGGGAUUUUAUAUUGAUCACAAUAUGAAUUGAUUUGUACCUAUUGUAACUCUUUGUAAGAAGGGGAACUGAUAUGAAUCAUUUAAUGAUAUCGUCGCAUGCACCACAAACCGUCCUCUCUGCGCACUUCGAUGCGAAAGUUAGUUUGGCAGAAAACGCAUUUAAAGAAAAGCUUUUCUGAAACCUG